AUGCGCAGGUGGACCUCUGGGAGGCAGCAACAGAACGCAAACAGAAAUCGACAGAAACCCCAGAGAAGAACCAUUCCUUUACUUGGAAAGCAGGUUUCAAAGAGCGGCGUUUCCCACCUGGGGGCGAGUUCUCCUUAUCCAAAGAACUGGGGAGGAAAAACACUGCACUUCCUUCCACGCUUCAACACAGAAAACCCGGUGGGAACCCAGGACCUGAAACGGCGUGUCCUGUCCCCCACAACAGGGCGGAAGAGGCCUCUCACCGCCCCGGCACCCGCCUUCCCCAAGACCAAGCAAGUGGGACAGCCCCAGGGUCUGGCCAUCGCUGCUGCUCGCCCGCAAGCAGCGCGCACCCGCACGUCCCCCGCACGCCUUCUCACCGUCUCCACCGCUCAGUCGCCGUCGCGUACACUUCCCGGCGGCAGGCGCCGUGACGUCAUCAACGCGCGCCGGUCGGCAGCAAAUGGGAGGUCGCAGAAGGGAGCUGAUAAAGAAAAACUGUAUGAUCCCUAUAGUUGCAGAAUAAGUGAAACAGAGCUGGACCCUCUGGGGCUCCUGGGCACAGAAACCUUUCAAACAGUUGUCAGUCAGAGCCAGGCACAUGCAGCAUCCGCCCCGGGCCUGGAGCUGUGGCUGCAGCCACGGGCGCUGACAGCGUGGAGGUGGUCCUGGCUGUCGGCUACUGAGCGCGGCUGGUCACCAGGAACGAGAGGAUCGGCCCGAAGGAGACAGGAUGUGAUCAUCAUGGCACCUGAAUUACUGAUUCUUUUGGGGGUGGCAGUAAUACUGCAAGCAGACUUACUUCCUGAUAAAAAAUUUUUACUUCUACCACCAGUCAAUUUCACCAUUAAAGCUAUCAAUUUAGCUCAAGUUCUUUUACACUGGGAACCAAAUCCUGAUCAAGAACAAAGCAAUGUCCAGCUAGGAUAUCAUGUGAAAAUAAAUGCUCCACAAGAAGAAGAUUACGAAACCAGGAACACUGAGAGCAGCCUCGUAACCAUCCUUCACAAAGGCUUUUCAGCAAGUGUGCAGACAGUGCCGUGGAACGACCACUCCCUACAAGCCAGCAGCUGGGUUUCUGCAGAACUUAAAGCCCCACCAGGGUCUCCUGGAACUGAGAUUGUGAAUUUAACUUGCACCACAAACACGAAGGCAGAUAAUUACACACACUUAGGACCAUACCAAGUUUCUCUUCACUGCACCUGGCUUGUUGGCAAGGACGCCCCUGACGAUACACAAUAUUUCCUCUACUAUAGGUAUCGCUCUCGGACUGAAGAAUGCCAGGAAUACAGCAAAGACGUCCUGCAGAGAAAUGUUGCCUGCUGGUUUCCCAGGACUUUCAUCAACAGCAAAGGGCGAGACUCCCUUGCAGUGUAUGUUAACGGCUCCAGCAAGGAAGCUUCGAUCAAGCCUUUCGAUCAGCUCUUUGCCCUUCAUGCCAUUGAUCGAGUAAAUCCUCCAGCGAACGUCACGGCAGAGAUCAAAGGAACGUGUCUCUCUAUCCACUGGGAAAAACCAGUGUCUGCUUUUCCAACCCACUGCUUUGAUUAUGAGGUGAAAAUUUACAAUGCAAAGAAAGGAUAUUUUCAGACAGAAAAAAUGACAACCAAUACACUCAUCACCAUAAUUGAUGAUGUUUCUAAGUAUUACAUUCAAGUGAGAGCAGCAGUGAGCCCUGUGUGCAGAACGACGGGGCUCUGGAGUGAGUGGAGUCAACCUAUUUACGUGGGGAAGGAUGAUCAGAAGCCCUGGAGAGAGUGGUUCCUUAUUGCAGUUAUGAUGACCAUCUGCUUCAUCUUGUUAAUUUUUUCACUCAUUUGCAGAAUAUGCCACUUAUGGACCAAGUUGUUUCCACCUGUUCCAGUGCCAAAAAGUAAUGCUAACGAUUUCUUAGUAACCAUCAACAAUGAGAAAACUGGUUCCAGUGAAACAGAAAUUGAAGUCAUAAGUUAUGUGGAGCAGGCUGGAUUUGAGACCCUGGAAGACUCCGUGUUUUGACUGUCCCUGGAACAUUCUCAAAAUCAGCUCAUGCUCACGAGCCUCAGUGAUGACAAUGGGAAAGUCUGUUUCCUAGCUAAGAGCAGUUUGGACUUUAUAGGACACUCAAUUUAGCUGUAAGAUGAUGCAACCAGACAAAUCCCUGACAAGUGUGGAUUCCUCCUCACAAUCUCCUAACACACACUGGGUGACUGAUUCGUCCAUCCUGCCGGGUCUGAUCUCUGCAUGGGCAGCAGCACCUCCUCACCCUUCAGUCGCCUGAUCUGCAUUACUCACUGCACACGUUUUUGUGUGAGAGAGACCAUUAUUAAGACUAACGUCGGUUGUGUUUACUCUGGCAGUCAGCCACCAAUAGUAACAACCAACUAAAAUACCAGGAAGAAAGCAUUUUGUACCAUUCUGGAAUGAAGAGUGAACUUGCAUUCAAGGCUGUCUUUCCUACAGCAAGUGGGAGCCAUGGUGCUUUUAUUCUGAGUUCAGGAAUACUUUUUCAAGUAAUGUGUGGG